AUGCCAGCGCCGGGCAAGAUUCGGAGCACUCAAGGCUGUUGGACAUGUCGUCUGCGCCGGAAAAAGUGCGACGAGCAAAAACCAAAUUGUUCGAUUUGUGCCUCAUUAGAGAUCACCUGUCUCUACAGCGACAAGAAGCCAGAAUGGAUGGACGGCGGCAUCCGCGAAAAGAAAAUGUCUGAUCAUCUCAAAGCCAUGGUCAAGGCCAAGGCCAACGAGCGGCGCGAGAAGAAGUGGGCUUCCGAGAUUGAGGUCGAUGGACACCAUAGCGAAGCAUCCACCGCAACCAGCAAUGAUGCCAUGUUGGCGGAUAGUAUGGCCGACCAUACACUUGACUCCAACACGGAUCAUGAGAUGGGCAACAGCAGCGGCCCUUCAAUGUACACCCCUGGAACCAGUGCAACAGAAGGCUCACCCACUGCUCAUCCAUCUCCAGACGACCAGAUGGCUCGGCCAAGUUUGCAAGUGUUUGAGCCAGUGUUGGCCGAGUCAGACAUUUCCGGCCAUGUUGACGUGCACAUAAAGCCUCAUGCAAAGAAACCUUGCCCCGACGAUGAAUCUGAAAGAGAGCUCAACUUCUCCAUGCUCUACCUGGACUAUGUGGUCCCAUACAUGUCUCCUUUCUACAGGCCACCUUUGCUACAAGGAGGACGCGGGUGGCUCUUGGUACUUCUCAUGAGGAACAAGUCCUUGUUCCACACUGCGCUUUCCUUGGCCUCAUACUUUUUCUCCGUCAUGGUCAACAAGACCAUGCUCGGCCACGAAGAUUGCCAACAGCGCAACUGGUCGGAACUCCAAAAGCAGCAACGUCUGUCUAUCGAGUCCCUUCAGAAAAGCCUACAAUGUCUGAACUCUCAUGGCGUCGCAAACCUGUUUCAUGAGAGCAUACGGAGUCUGGAAUGUAUAAUUCAAAUGAUCUCUUUCGAUGCCACGAUCGGCAACGCGGCGAAUUGGAACAUGCACCUCGACGCUGCAUGUUCGCUCUUUGAGCAAAUCAUUCAACACCAUGCCACGGACCGCGAUCAGCCCUGGCAAUCCAUCCUUGCAGGUAUGGACUCGCAAAGCAUGGCUAUUGAAUUUGGCAAUGGCCAACAUCCGUGGUCUGCCAGUCAGGCAUCAUUUCGAUUCCAGACUAUACACCUCAUAUGGACAGAUAUUCUCGCAUCUACAGCGCUAAAUAGAACACCUCUUCUGGAAGCAUAUCACCAGCAACUCCUUGUCGGAGAUAAUCCCAGUCUCCAGGCUUGGGAUUUCUUUGGCUGCCACAAUUGGGUCCUGUUGAUUAUCAGUCAGAUCGCGGGAUUCCAGGCAUGGAAGAAGGAAAUGAAGCGGGCGAGGACCCUCUCCAUGGUGGAAUUAGUAAAGAAGGGCUCGUGCAUAGAGUCGAGGCUUCGAGCCGGGAUCGCGGAAUUGGAUCAAGUCAUCAUGGACGUGCCAUUUGAUCCCUUUGAUCCGUCAGCGCGAGCUCCAGACCAACCUUUCCUUGGCUCGGGCUUUCAAACCAUUACAGACUUUGGCCAGCAACGCUCCAGUGUUGCACAGGCCAUUCAUACCAAGAUCUGGGCCAAGGCUGCGCUCACCUACGAUGCUGUUGUCGUAUCUGGCUUUCAGCCCGGGCUGCCGGACAUUCAAAACAAUGUAGCCGAGACGAUUGAACUCUUCCGUGCCCUGCCAAGUCCCCUCUGUCUAAGGACGAUGGUCUGGCCGUUUGCUGUCACGGGCUGCCUAGCCUUGCCGGAGCAAGAAGACUUCUUCCGCAGUAUGGUCAGUAAUAUGGAUGGAAUGCAGGUGUUUGGCACGGUGAAAGAGGCUCUAAGAAUCAUGGAAACAGUCUGGGAGCAUCGCGCUUGUAUGGAUGCAGACCUGUGGGAUAUUACAACUUGUUUCAAUGUGCUCGGUCACGCCUCAUUGCUGGUAUGA